UCAGUCCUCGCUCAGUUGCACAGACUGGCCUACGUGCGGAGAUAUGAAUGUGCGAAACGGCUUGCGAAGUUUGAAGAAGGAGAUGCUCAGAUGGAAUCAAUUAUCGGCUCUGAGAAGCUGGAUGUUUCACGUAAAGUUUAUCGGUCUUAACAGAGAAGGGACCGCCGAAUUCUACAUGUAUCAGGUUCUAUGGAGCAUACCCACACCGGCAUAUCCGGAGCCAUAUGUGACUGUCAGCGUGUACUUCUGCAUCGUGGCGAGUCGCGUGCAGCCGCCGCACUUUCCAGUCGACGUUAGUUUGUUAUGUAUAUUUUCAGCUCUUUCCCCUUGCUUUUUCUG